AUGGCGCUCCCAGCGAAGUCUGAGGCGAGUCUGGAGGAGGAGAUACCCUCACACGACCCAGUCCUGCAGCGGCUAGCGAAGAGCGAUACCUUCGACUCUGACUGGGCUACGCUGCGGCAUCACCUACACCUCGCUCUCCUCUCGUGCCCCCCGCUCUUCAACUCACUCCCACAACCCCAAAGAUACUCCUUCCCGCCCAACACCCCCCUCAAGCCCGUCCGGUCGUCCCCCACAACUUCACCCUUAACCCCCAAGGCACCAUCACCUUCCGGAUCGGCCCCACCCUCCUCGUCCCUUCGCCUCUCUACCACAGCCUCGGCCUCCCCCUCCUCAUCUCCCUUGUCCGCCUCAGACGAACCAUCCACACUAGGUGGACUGGUCAUCCCCCCCUUUCCCCCUCUGGAUCCAGAACGGCGGAAUCAGCGCAAGCUCUCGGCGGGGAUUAUCGGUCCGGUGCCGCCUGCGGUUGCUGCGCGAGUGAAUGGGAGCGCUAGUGGGCCAGGUGGAUUGUCGGCGAGAGGAAAUGUGUUUGAGGAUGAGUGGGACGAGGCGGUCGUCAUCGGUGGGAAGAAGCUGCCGGGGUGGUUGGGCGAGGAAGAGGGAAAGAAGGAAGUGGAUAGGGUUGGCAAGAUGAUUGAUGAUUUAGCAGAACCUCCAUUCACUAUACAACGCUUAGCCGAGUUGCUGCUCAACCCGACCAAACAACACUCAACACUCGGCAAGUUCCUCCGCGCCCUCGAGAAGAACCUCCUCGUGACCACUCCCUGGUCCGCGCCGUCCUACAUCCCCGUCCCCCCAUCUACCUUCUCCGGCUCGCGCGGCCUCUUCGGCCCCACCUCUUCCCCCUCUUCCACCUCUUCAUCAUCCGCCUCACCGUCCGAUACCAGCUCCACCAUGCCGGUCGGAUCAACAACCCCCAUGUUCUCCCCGAUCCCAUUCCUGGUCCGCCCCCCGAUAGACGGCGGGGACAGUAUGGACAUUGAUAUGGAUGGUGCGGGUGAUGAGGGUAAAGGGGCGGCGCAGAAGGGUCUCUUGAAGGCGGAUGAGAUCGUGAGCCCGCUCGUUCUGGAUCGGAAGGAGCUGGAAGAGACGCGAGAGGAGGAGAAGGACGUUCAAGCGUCUUUGCUGGAAGUGCCGACCGAGUCUUCGUCCUCGGCCAACAAUGCGGGAUCGGGCGGUCGCAGUCCGACGCCAGAACCGGAAGAUCACAAUACUCGAUCCGAAGCACCUUCCGUAUCUUCUACGACAUCCGCAUCUGUAUCAUCCGAUCCUACCCCGGCAGCCAUACCCGUCCUCACCGGCAACGAAUCCUCUGAUCCCGCACAUCAGCCAUACCUCGGCCGCGUCGAUGAACUCGAUACCGGACCGAUCACUUCCCUCCCUUCCCACUCUUCCGCUUCCGCGUCCUCUUCAUCGGCUUCCAAAUCCCGCUCCGAAGGCGAUAGCGAUAGCGGCAACGGCGGCGGCAGCGGCGGCGGUAGAGAGCAAGAUGAUAGCAUGGGUUCAGGCUCAGGGACGGGUGAAGGGGGAAAUAUGACACCGCAUGGGAUGUCAGAAAGGCCGGUACCUAUCUCGGCGACGACGACUGUGCAGAGUAAGGAGGAGGAAGGGGCGGGGAGGAAGGUGGCGGGAUUGCCGAGGACAAAGUCGGUUUUGAGUUUGAGUGAGCGGUUUGCGGCUGCUGAAGCGACCGGGGAGGGGGAGCGGGAGGAGGCGGGAGCGGAAGAUGUGGACAUGGGAGAGGAGGGCUCGGCGGCGAACACGGACGGGGAGGUGGUCAAGCCGGCGGGCCAGGAGGCGGAGGGCCAGACCACGGAGGAGAAUGGGGAAGAGAUGGGCACCAAGCCUGAAGGGUCAUGA